UAAUCCCGAAUCAAAUAAUUAAUCUCUUUAUAUAUAUAUUCACAAGAGAGUUGUUCAAUUUUUUCAAUACCAUAUUUUGCACUGAAACAAGCUAAGUACCCAAAACAAAAUGAGGAACAUGUUGACCAAUAUAUUGCUCAUGGUUCUUGCAUCAUCGUUGCUGCUAGAGUGCUCGGCCGAUGCCGCCGCCGGAGAAGACACUCAGGUUUUUCACGUCGCCGGAAAAGUUCUUUGCCAGGACUGCGCUCAGGGCUGGAAUGAGUGGGUCAACGGCGCCAACCCCAUCAAAGGUAGCAAAGUUUCCGUGACGUGCCUGGACGAGAGGAGUAGGGUGGUGCAGUACGCAAGUGACCUGACAGACGACGCCGGAGAUUUCGACGUCACCUGCAACAAAUACGUCAACGGUAAGAAGCUGAACCCACAGAACUGCUUCUUGAGACUGGUUUCUUCGCCGGAUCCAGUUUGCAACAUAGCCACCAACUUCGCCGGAGGAAAGAGCGGCGUCAACCUCCACCGCCCGACGGUGGUGUACCGGGAUAUGGUCAAGUACGUUCUCGGCUCGUUCUACUACACCACCCCGAUGUGCGACGAACCGGACACCACCACCCCCGACGACCAAGACGGCGACGAUGAUGCGGCGGAACAAGGCAACUACUAGUAGUAGUACUGCUUUAUUCUUCCCUCCCAUUUUUUCUUUUGACCUUUCUGCCCUUGUUUAAUUGUUGUUAUUACUACUAUGUAUCUUUGUUUGAUAAUGUACAAGUAAAGUUGAUCAAAUACAAUACAUGCACGAUGGUUUUCAUGUUGUAUUUUGUUCUAUCAUGCAAGUGUUGAUGCGGUUAUGUAAAACUUGUUCAAUGUUUUUUUUUUUUUUUUUUUUUU